AUGGGGAAACCUCCUUCCUUUGUUUUCUUAAUCAUCUCACUCAAUUGCUUCAUAUCAUCCUUAGCAUGGAUUGAUACAAACAUCACUAUUGAUAAAUCUGCACUUCUUGUCCUUAAAUCUUUUAUCACUUCAGAUCCAUAUGAUUUCUUAUCUACUUGGUCACUCUCUUCUUCUCCAUGCAAUUGGGUUGGUGUCAGUUGCAAUACUCGCCAAGGAAGGGUCCGUUCCUUGAAUCUUGGUGGCAUGGAUCUUAAAGGUACCUUAACUCCACAACUGGCAAACCUCUCAUUUCUUGUUGAACUUGAUCUUAGUAGCAACAAUUUUUAUGGUCAAAUACCAAGAGAGUUAGCUCGAUUACGUAGAUUGAAACUACUGAACUUGAGCUGCAAUGACUUUCAUGGACAAGUUUCAACAUGGAUAGGAGAUUUAUCUACACUGGAGCACUUAAAUAUUCGAAAUAAUAGUUUUGAAGGAUUUAUUCCAUUAACUCUAUUCAAUCUAUCAAGGUUGGAGACAUUAGAUUGGAAUAAUAAUUUAAUUGAAGGGACCAUUCCUAUUGAGGUGGGAAGACUUGAGUGUUUGAAGAUUUUACAACUUUUGGGUAACAAGCUUUUGGGAAUCAUUCUUCAAAUGAUUUCCAACUUAUCAUCACUUGAAUUACUGAGUUUGUCUUAUAACACUUUGUCAGGCAACGUACCCUCUAUUUGGCAUCAAUGCAAGGAAUUGGCAGAUUUAGUAUUGGGUGAUAACAUAUUCAAUCGAGGAGUCAUUCCAACCGAUAUUGGAAAUUUGACAAACCUCCAAACCUUAUAUCUUGACAAUAUCAAUUUGCAAGGUUUUAUACCCAAGGAAAUAGGAAAUCUUGUUAAACUUGAAGUCUUAGAUUUGGGAUCAAAUCACUUGAGUGGACCCAUUACUUUCAAUGGGAUGUCGUUGGCAUAUAUAUUCCUUGAAGACAACUUCUUUACAGGAAGAGUGCACUUCGACCACUUCUUUGGGGAAAACAUGAGUUUCAUUGACAUGAGUUCCAAUUUGCUUCAAGGAGAGCUCACUUCUACAAUUUGCAAUGCAAGCUCACUUGGAGUUCUCAAUUUAUCCCACAACAACUUCAGUGGCCAAAUUCCACGCUGCAUUGGGAGCUCUACCCUUGCUUUUUAUGUGUUGGAUUUGCAAAGCAAUAGCUUUUAUGGCUCCAUACCAGAAACAUUUGAGGUGGGAAACAAGUUGAGGACCUCAAAUCUUAAUGACAAUCUUCUAUAUGGCUUGUUGCCUCAAUCUUUGGUCCACUGCAAUAAUUUAGAGGUCUUAGAUCUUGGCAGAAAUGGCAUUCAUGAUACAUUUCCCCAUUGGGUUCAAAACCUUAAAGAAUUGCAAGUGCUUGUUCUUAGAGAGAAUAAGUUACAUGGUUUCAUCCCUAAUUUAAACAGCAAAUCCAACUAUGCCUUCACAAAGUUGAGAGUUUUUGACAUAUCCAACAAUAAGUUGAGUGGCCCUUUACCUGAAACAUACUUCAAAAAUUUUGAUGCUAUGAAAAAUAGAGAGGGAGAAAUUAGUUUAGAGUACAUGGGUUAUAAUCAAUCUAGUAACUUUGGCAAAUAUCACGACUCCAUUGAGGUGACCUUAAAAGGACAUGACAUUCAUAUGGAAAAGGUCUUGACUAUUUUUAUAUGCAUUGAUAUAUCUGAUAACAUGUUUGAGGGAGAGAUUCCAAUAUCUAUUGGGCAGCUUAGAGCAUUGAAGGGGCUUAAUUUUUCUAAUAAUCGGCUCAUUGGUGUAAUUCCAAACUCAAUAGGAAAUUUGAGAAAUUUAGAAUGGCUAGACUUGUCAUCGAACAAGCUUAUUGGAAAAAUUCCUAUAGAGUUGAUUAAUCUCAACUUCUUAUCUAUCUUAAACCUUUCACGAAACCAACUUGAAGGUUGCAUUCCUAGGGGUCAACAAUUUGAGACUUUCACAAGUGAUUCCUUUGAAGGAAACAAGCAAUUGUAUGGUUUUCAACUAAUGAUCCCUUGCAACUCCAAUAGGGAAAGACAACCACCACUACAAAGUUCAAGUUUUGAAGAUAGAUUUGAAUUUGGAUGGAAACCUAUCUUGCUAGGGUAUGUAUGUGGAGCCUUUUUGGGAUCAACAAUGUUUUGGAUUGUGAUAUUUACAGGUAAACCUCAAAGGCUUGCAAGUUUGGUGGACGAUCCACUAAAGAAAAGGAGGAGAAGGCCAAGCUUCUGGUCUCAUCUUUCUGCUGCCCUCUCUGUGAUCGUCUCUCUCAACUUCUUAGCCUCUCGGUGCUUCUCAGCUUCUCGGCUAGCAAGAACAGUUGCUCUGCUUCUCGAUGCUUCUCAUUUCUCACCAAAAUUUUGGUUAGUGUUUUUCUUCAUGCUCGGCAUUGAGACUGCAUUCUCUGAAAUAGUCAUCUGGGUUCAGACUGUUGCAUAUAAUCUAUCUGAUAGUGGUUUUAUUGAUGUGGUCAGUAGCUAUUAA